AUGGAUAUUGCAAACUCAGGAAUGCUCCGGGCCCUUAUAAUCACAGAGACGCGGCCUCAGAAUCCUGGGUACUUUGACUGGGUGAAUCCUCCAUCAAAGGAUAAGCAUGGCAGUGCAGAAAAGAAGGCCUUUCAAAGGUGCCAUUUGACCAUUGCAGUUCUCUUAACAUUACUACUUGGAAGGCUCUGGUCUUUAACCAUUCAUCUCUGGCAUGCAUCAAGGGCCAAGCAACGAAGUGACUAUAUUCGUCGGCUACCACCAGGACCUCGGGGAAUUCCUCUUCUUGGUAAUCUUCUCACGUUGGGUGAUCUCCCUCACUGUACCCUACAUCAAAUGGCCCAAAAGUAUGGACCCAUCAUGCACAUCAGGCUUGGCUUGGUGCCUACUGUGGUAGUAUCAUCGCCUCAGGCAGCGGAGUUGUUCCUCAAGACUCAUGACAUGGUCUUUGCAAGUCGACCUUACAUUAUGGCUUCUCAGUAUAUGUCUUAUGGGAACAAAGGUGUGCUUUUCUCACAAUACGGUACAUAUUGGCGCAACAUGCACAAGCUCUGCACCAUAGAACUGCUAAGUGCAGCAAAGGUUGAUUUAUUCAAGCAGAUGAGAAGGGAGGAGGUGGGCCUCUUUAUUGUGUCUCUUAGGGAGGCUGCCGAAGCUGGUGCAAUGGUUGAUGUAAGUGCCAAGGUGGGAUUGUUGAUUGAGAAUAUGACCUUCCGGAUGCUAAUUGGUAACAAGGUUGAUAAUUUCCACCUAAAAUCAGUUCUUGAGGGAUACCACAAGCUUCUUGGGGCUUUUAACCUGGCCGAUUUCAUUCCUUACAUUGGAGCACUUGACCUUCAAGGAUUGGGUCGACGCAUGAAGAAAAUUAGCAGAGACUUUGAUGGGUUUUUGGAGAAGAUCAUCGAUGAGCACAUAAACAAUCCUAAAGACAGUGAAGACAACCAGAAGGACUUCAUUGAUGUGAUGUUGUCUUUGAUGGUGGAAUCAAAACAUAUGAAUAUUGUAGAGGAAGAGCAGCACUACAUGAUCGAUCGGACUAAUAUAAAAGCAAUCAUUUUAGACAUGAUUUUAGCUGCAGCAGACACAUCGGCCAUUACAAUUGAAUGGGCCCUUUCAGAACUCUUAAGGCAUCCUAAGGUGAUGGAAAGGCUCCAGCAAGAGUUGAGGAACAGAGUUGGCAUAGAUCGGCUAGUGGAAGAAGAGGAUUUAGUUAAGUUGGAUUACUUGGACAUGGUGGUGAAGGAAACCAUGAGGCUUCAUCCUGUUGCUCCAUUGCUAGCUCCCCAUGAGUCCUUGGAAGAUAUAACAGUCAAUGGAUACUAUAUACCCAAGAAGUCUCGUGUGUAUAUAAAUGCUUGGGCAAUUCACAGAGACCCUAAUAUGUGGUCGACUUAUGAAGAUGCUGAAAAUUUCUUUCCUGAAAGAUUUAUAGGAAAUAAUAUUGACAUCAGAGGACGUGACUUCCAACUUAUCCCAUUUGGAUCUGGUCGUAGAGGAUGUCCUAGCAUGUAUCUGGGCCUAACAGUUGUGAAACUAGUACUUGGACAAUUGGUACAUGCUUUUAACUGGGAGUUGCUCAAUGGCAUGUUACCUAACGAGUUGGACAUGACUGAGAAGUUUGGCUUAUCUGUUUCAAGAGCCAACCAUAUAAUUGCUAUUCCAAGUUAUUGCCUUUGCCUUUCUGACAGCAGUUUGUAAGGGAGCUCUAAUUUAUCCCACCUUUGGUUAAUUUUUAGUCAUCUAUAGAAAGUGUUUCUCUACUCCUCAAUGGUUCUUUAGUUAAUGGGCGUUAGAAAGCAUGUAUUGAUUGUACUACUUUUGUUCCCAUAUGAACUUAUUUAUCUUAACAUUAAA